AUGAACCUCCGCCAAGUAGUAUUCCAUGACCAUCGCAAUACAGCUUUCAUCUCCCUUUCACUCAUAGUGUCAGCGUUGGCCGUCCGUCCGGACUCAACGAUUCUUCCCCUCAUUGGAAUCAACUCGAUUCUAUUGGUGUACUCACCAUUUUUAUUUCGAGCAGACAAACUUCGAACACGCAACGUGAUCCUUACGUGGUUCGCACUUUCCAUUGGAAGCGUCUUUUCAAGGUUACAUGCCUCUAUCCAAGCCUUGUCCACCCCUGGUGGCUCAUUGGCCGCCUUGUUCUUCUCUUCAGGCACCCUAUCGGCCAUUACCCUUACAACUCUUUUUUUUGGCACGAAAUAUCAAGGACGUCCUUCCCUUUCUCCGUGGUCUCGUGUCACAAUAUUCCCGGCUCUUUGGGCAACUACAUGGUGCACAAUUUCUCACCUCAACCCUGUUGGUCACCUUGCAACAUGGAGUGCUGCACAAACCAACGACGCCUAUGGAUGGCUUAUCCCGUUUAUUGGUCCAGCUGGCAGGGACUGGAUAAUUGCAGCUUGGGCGGUCGUAAUCGCCCAGAUAAUUGGCAGUUGGUACAUAGGCCCUUUGGACCCAUUCGAGUUUGGACCCAUUCAACAAGAUCACACACAUGACAACAUUCCUGCUACCGGGAUCCUUGCACUCAGUCUAUUUUCCCUCGCAGUUCCAUCAUACGUCUUCAAUGGUCUUCCAUUACCUGCUUCAGGUUCAACAUUGGACAUUUCAACGCCUCUAACCGUUGGAUGUGUGUUGCCACCGUACGAUCGCUACCACCACCAUGUAUUGACCCUCGAUGAUUACAUCGCCGAAAGCAGCCACAUCCAGUCGCAAGCCAAACUUAUCCUCUGGCCAGAAGGAGCGGUUACCUUCAAUUCUAUAGAAGAAAGAGAAAAUGCAUUUAGCACCAUUCGGGAGAAGAUAAGUGGAUCGUACGUUGGUGUUUCUUUCGAAGAAACUAUCAGCGACCCGGAUGAUCCAACCGACAGGACACCAAUAACCCAAACAGGGUUGGCUGUCAUUUCGCAAUAUUCACCCGAACCCCAUCAUAUAUACUAUAAACGAAAUCUCGUUCCCUUUGCGGAAUCAUUUCGCUUGAGGCAUUCAAAAUUGCCUCCUUCUAUCUUUGACUUCAGGGUUCCAAACCCGAAGGCUAUCAGAAAUAGGACGAUCCCUAUAACAUCAUCAAUAUGUCUUGAUUUUGCGCAGCCGCAUCCUUUUGCAGAGUUGGAUUCAAGACCUGCUCUCAUCCUUGCUCCAGCUAGAACCUGGGAUCGAACUGUCGGGUAUGCCAUGUGGAUGCAAGCAAAGCAGAGAGCGGAAGAAUUGGAUAGCAUGGUGCUGUGGUGCGAUGGAGGUGAAGGUGGUGUAAGCGGUGUUGCUGGUAGAGGGUACAGCGAUGUUUCUCAAGUUGGACAAGGGUCCUUUAUCCGAACUGUUGGGAUACAAUACCCUUUCAACAACCAGGCAACGCCCUUUGCGCGUUUUGGCGACUCUAUUCUUCUCUUAUUCUGGUUUUCGGUCUAUGGUUUUGCUCUUUUUGGACGUCCACUGAGCAUGAUUGGCCGCAGGAUACAGGCCGGUGCUUUGCUCACGUAUGGUGGAGCUAUUCUUCCUGCUGUCCGCUAUAUACAAAACAGACGGGUUGCAAAUGGACAGGCGGAGGCUGCUCCCCAACCUAAUCUUGAACUUGCACUUUUCCCGACGUCUCUUCGCAGCAACUCGUCUCAGUCCAAGCUUGCACAUAGCCUUCGGGGCUCUUUGCGCAACUUGACCUGGAAAGCGUCUACCACAGAUCUCGGCCGUCGAGUUUUCCACAGAAAACGGGUCAUAUCCACAGAGAGCACGAUCAAAGAAGAGUCUAGUACCGAAGACUUCCAUAUUAUUACAGUAGAGGAUUUUGACCCCAGCUUUUCCCUUGCAUCCAUUCUCGAUAUCUCUUUCACUCCGGACGCCGGACCCAGUCAACCCGCUCAGACUACUCUUGCUCGAGAUCGAUACGCUAAUCAAAGUCCAAGCGAGCCUACCAAGGCGGCUUUGACUCCUGGCUUGCUUGCUCCUCUAGUGAUUCCAGAUUCUCUGCCACAUCCUCGUAUAUCAGCAUACACCUCCCACACACUGACUUCUUCCGAAGGCUCACCCACAUUCACAGAAAUAGCUCACAUAGCUUCAUCGUUUCCUCUUCCACCGUCCUAUAACCCCGCUUCAAUAUCUUCGUUAUCACCUGAAGCUCGCCCAGGGGCUUUACAGAUCAUUCGCAAUACCCCAUCCUUUACUACACCCGUCUCGGAGGUCAACCCAGCCAGCGUACUUUCUUCAAAGCAUCGUAAACCCCCGAUACCAUACCGUCCUGCCGUCUAUCUCAGUGUAUCUGUCAUGGCGUCGCUUCUUCCGAAAAAGAAUAGAGAUGUAGUAGAUUUUGGUGAGGAGAUGGAUUACUCUCAUGUACAAUGGUUUCAGGAUGCUCCUCAAAGACCUUCUACACUUCCGCAACCAGAACAGCGUCAGCCUCAACAGCAUCACCAACAACAGCAACAGCAUCACCAUCAACAACACCAUCCGACAGAGCCGUACCAACCUUCGCCUCAUGUAAUCGACCAGAAUGAAGGAUUUAUUUUUGCGUUAUCAGCUGCUCCCAAUGUUCUUUACCAACGCUAUAAACAAUACGGACAGCUUGGUGUCCUUGGAUGGUGUUCAGAAUUCAGUGAACUCGUCGACAAUCUGAAAGAAUUGGGUUUCGCAGGAAAUAUGUUCGUCACUACUCGGGCGCAGGCGCUGAAGUGUUGUGAAGAGAUUAUGCAAUUGCGGGCGGAGAGGAUGGAAGAGGUCAAAAUGCAGCUUGUGCUGAUGUAUCUUUCAUCGCAAGUGGCGAGGUUGCGUCGCUUCCUGGACGUGGACAGAGUAUGGAACGACUAUCCAGACGUGGGUAUACCGUUGGAAGUGAAGUGA